GGAGUGGAGGCGUCGGGGGUCGCGGGAUACGGCUCGCUGGCUCGCAAGAUGGCGGACGAGGACGGGGGAAGGGGAUUUCACCCCGCAGCCCCUCACCGGAACGGAGGCGGCGGCGGCGGCGGGGGUUCAGGGCUCCACUGCGCCGGGAACGGCGGAGGCAGCGGCCCGCGGGUCGUGCGCAUCGUCAAGUCCGAGUCCGGCUACGGCUUCAACGUGCGGGGCCAAGUGAGCGAGGGCGGGCAGCUGCGGAGCAUCAACGGGGAGCUGUACGCGCCGCUGCAGCAUGUGAGCGCCGUGCUGCCCGGGGGGGCGGCCGAUCGCGCCGGGGUGCGCAAGGGGGACCGCAUUCUGGAGGUGAACGGCGUGAAUGUUGAGGGGGCAACACACAAGCAGGUGGUGGACCUGAUCCGAGCAGGCGAGAAGGAAUUGAUCUUGACAGUGUUAUCUGUACCUCCUCAUGAGGCAGAUAACCUAGAUCCCAGUGACGACUCGUUGGGACAAUCAUUUUAUGAUUACACAGAAAAGCAAGCAGUGCCCAUAUCGGUCCCCACAUACAAACAUGUGGAGCAGAAUGGUGAAAAGUUUGUGGUAUACAAUGUUUACAUGGCAGGGAGGCAGCUGUGUUCUAAGCGGUACCGGGAGUUUGCCAUCCUACACCAAAACCUGAAGAGAGAGUUUGCCAACUUUACAUUUCCCCGGCUUCCAGGGAAGUGGCCAUUCUCUUUAUCAGAACAGCAAUUAGAUGCCCGACGACGAGGGUUGGAAGAAUAUCUAGAAAAAGUGUGCUCAAUACGAGUCAUUGGUGAGAGUGACAUCAUGCAGGAAUUCCUGUCCGAAUCGGACGAGAACUACAAUGGUGUGUCUGACGUAGAGCUGAGAGUAGCAUUACCAGAUGGAACAACAGUUACAGUCAGGGUUAAAAAGAACAGUACUACAGACCAAGUAUAUCAGGCUAUUGCAGCAAAGGUUGGCAUGGACAGUACAACAGUGAAUUACUUUGCCUUAUUUGAAGUGAUCAAUCAUUCCUUUGUACGUAAGCUGGCACCUAAUGAAUUUCCUCAUAAACUCUAUGUCCAGAAUUACACAUCAGCUGUGCCAGGCACCUGCCUGACCAUUCGAAAGUGGCUUUUUACAACAGAAGAAGAAAUCCUCUUAAAUGACAAUGACCUUGCUGUUACCUACUUCUUUCAUCAGGCUGUCGAUGAUGUGAAAAAAGGCUACAUCAAAGCAGAGGAAAAGUCCUACCAAUUACAGAAGCUGUAUGAACAAAGGAAAAUGGUCAUGUACCUCAACAUGCUAAGAACUUGUGAAGGCUACAAUGAAAUCAUCUUUCCCCACUGUGCCUGUGACUCCAGGAGGAAGGGGCACGUGAUCACAGCCAUCAGCAUUACGCACUUUAAACUUCAUGCUUGCACUGAGGAGGGACAGCUGGAGAACCAGGUAAUAGCAUUUGAAUGGGAUGAGAUGCAGCGAUGGGAUACAGAUGAAGAAGGAAUGGCCUUCUGUUUUGAAUAUGCACGAGGAGAAAAGAAGCCUCGAUGGGUUAAAAUCUUCACACCAUAUUUCAAUUACAUGCACGAAUGCUUCGAGAGGGUAUUCUGUGAGCUCAAGUGGAGAAAAGAGAACAUUUUCCAGAUGGCGCGGUCACAGCAGAGGGAUGUGGCCACCUAGCCUUCCCUCACCCCCUCCCUUCUCUUCACCUCCAUCCUCUUAUCCCCUUCGUCUCCCAUGUCAGACAGAGUAACCAUUAACACAAAGGAAGAGGAAAAGGAAAAAAGUCAUUAUAUUCAAAGCCCUAAGCUAAAUAAUAAUAAUCCUUUUGAAUUUCAUGUCUCUGGAAUUGAGCCGGUAGAGAACAACAGAUGGGUCAGCACCAGGAGUCACCUGAGUUAAGAUAGGAACAGGAAUGAGCCCAACCAACUCGCCGAAGGUGUCUUUGUCCUUUCACUGGGCCUCGCACCAACAGACUCUCCUUGUACUAUAUUUUUAAGACUGGAACUAUGAACUCCAUCCAUUUGCACUGUUCAUACAUAUAUAUGUAUGUAUGUAAAAAUUAUAUAUACACAGAUUAGCUGCACGUAUAUACAUAUAUAUAUUUCUUUUUAAAUUUCAUAUUGAUGGCAGUACCUUUUUUAGCUUGUGUUUUUACACACCUUUCACUAGAAUUCAUGACUUCUCUCUUGCUCUCUUUCUUUUGAAACAAACUUUAAAAAGGAAAAAAAAAUUUACAGGGAAAAUACCUCUCCUCAUGAAGGACUCGAAACGUUUACAACCUGCUUGGGUUCCCCCCCUUUUUUGUAUGGAGUGAGGAUUCUGGCUCGUGUGUGACUGUAGAGUCUGAGGAGCAAGGAGCAUGGUUUCUUUUUCUUCCAAGAAGCUGUUGGGGAGACGUGAGGGGUGUUCCUAAAGGGCAGCAGGCUGCGGUCUGCAGGGGCGUCUGCAGACUUGGUGUGGUCUCUUAUUCCAAGACAUCUUUCCUGGCCCAUCUCCGACUCUCCCACUCAUGGCUUUCUAGCCACAUUCCACAUCUUCCUGCUUCCCCAGGGUCCCUGUGUGCUCUCCCUCAACUGGUCUCAAAUGGGAGGGGGAGCUCAGGAAGUUAAUGCCACGGGAACCUGAAACACUUCCUGGUGGUAAUUUCCCGCUUUUCUGAAGCAGAGGUAGGACGAGGGGCCAGAGUUAACGUUGAUACCUUUCGGCACAAAGAUUGGACGGAGGUAGGGGAAAGGAAGGCAGAGAUGCCCAAUGUACAUAAGCUUUUCCCUACUCGAUUUGUGACCAGUAACUACCCAUAGCUAUUACGUUCUCUGUGACUUCCUGAAACAGCUGUGGGAGGGACCUACAGUGUCCCCAGGCCUUGGGGAAACGGAAUGGGUCAGUGGUCUGUGAACCAAACUGCAUCCAUCCAAGCCAGCCCAGGACCCAGGGAGGAGCAGUGGGAAUGUGGUUUAAUUGAAAGGAGACUGAAGGAAAACCUUUCUGUCCCUUAAAGAUCUCAUCUGACCUUGCAGGUGGACCUUUUGAGAUCUAAGAGCUACAACCCAGGACGGGGGCCAGGGCUGACGGGAGCAGGGCAACAUGGUUGGCCCUCGGGCUCUGUCUUCAGAUAAUGGCACUGGGAGCUCUAAGUCAGGCUCGGGUGCAAUGGAAACACAUCUUUGAACCUUUUCCUUUCCCUUCUCCACCUUCUAAACGAAAACCGCCCUAGGGUGGCAUCUUUUGCUUUGUCUAACUGGGAGGCAACCAUGGUUGGUUGUAGUCAACUCCCCUGAGCAGUGUUGGGGUGCUUUGAAGUUUCUUUUUUUAUAACUUGUUUUUGCAGAUCAUUGUGAAUCCUCUUUCACUCUGUUAUCCUGGCAGCUGUUGGCCCCAGGGGAGUGUAGGAUCAUACGGGAUGGCCUAUCUUCUCUCCCCUGCUCCACACCCAGGUGGAAUCAGAGUGCAAAACAUGUGAAUGCUGAGUGUUGAAAGUUGCAGAGGGUGAUCCCUGAUUUGAAGGCUUUGUCACGGGAUUAACUUCUUUUGGCUGCAAUGAAUUUAAUAAUGAGCCAAAGGACCCUGGAAAGAAGAUCCGUUGAUUUUCCACUCCUAGAUGCUAAAGAGGCUUUUGACACCAGCUUUGUUCAAACUACAAAAAAUCGCAGCCGUUUGCCCCUGUCCCCUCAUCGUGGGCUAGGAAUGAACAAAUCCAGGAGGCCCCGUGGCAGCCCCUUAGGGUGGACAGAUGCUGCUCUGUCCCCUUUCCGGCAUAUUCACUUGGUGCUUUGGAGAGUGGGUGAAGACCCCCCAGGUUGGCGGUCUGUUGGCAGACUCUGUAGGAACAGCCGCUGCUUGAGGCUGUAGCACUGACCACCCAGCUGCCUUGUGGUGGGGGAGCCCCGGGGACAGGGGACAGCGCCUUCUCUUCACCCCCAGCAGGCCGCCUGCAGUGGGGCCAGGGGCUGGCAGUGGAGCUCCAGGGGAUCCAGCUCUUGUUUGCAUGAAGUAGUGUUAGUGUGACACUCCUUUCCCCUUCUCUGCGUUCCUUUCUCUAAUCCCUGCUCCCCUUCUUGGUCCUGGGUUCUGCCCAGGGAGGCUUCCUUUGCAGUUUGUCUCUGGGAAAUGGAAGGGCUCCCCUUCCCCCUGCCUUGCCCCAGCAGAGCCAGCAGGAUGUUCCUGGUCUCCUGCUGUCCGCCCCUCCACACUCAGUUUCUAUCUUUGGUAAAACCUGAUCGGGAGAAAGUGCAGGCCCCGAGAAGCCUGUCCCCACAGAAAGGUUUCCUGGAGCCAAGCUUGGGGCUCUUUGCUCUUUAUCUUCUGCCCUCCCCUUGCCCUAGGCCUGAGCUCAGCACAGGUGAGUGCUCAGAGCAACUCAUAGGCCUGGAGGGAGCUCUCGGGGAGGAAUGAGAGAAGCGUUCAGCAUCCCCAUGCCUGGCCCAUCUGGUUUCAUCCUUUAGUUACCCAGGCCAGUAGCUUUGGGUUGUCCCCUCUUGGAGCUCCUAGCCCAGUGCUUGGAGCAACAGUAUAGGGCAUUGGCAGGAGGUGGACCUCUCUCUCACCUCAGAAUUUGCCAACUCAUGGAUCUGGCUCCAAGGAGGCAGUUUUCUUAAAAGGGACUGCAUCCUGGUUGGUCUGAAGCCCCCAGACCUGGAGGGACUGCUGUGCCCUCCCUUCUCUCCAGUGUGCGCUGGUGGACUGAUGCCGCAGGAGGGCCCAUCUGUGCUGUUGGACUCCCAGCAUGCACCAGAUCCAUGUGUCACGGUAGCCUCCUUUUGGAGGGAGGCUGUUGUGGUUGAAUUCUGAGAGAGGAGAUGCGACGGGUGUGCUCAGCACCUCAUCGUCCAGUCCCACCUCCUGUCUCCCUCUCCUAAACCCAAGCACAUCAUGCCGGGCCUCACUCACCAGGACAACAUCAGCUCCCUCAGCAAUAAUCUCAGGUGUGUGGGAAGCUUAGGGCUCGGGGAGAUCGGAGUGGACGAGGGGAGUGAUACGGGGCGAGGCACGCGGCCAGCUGCUAAAGUCGACACCAGUUUUAUGUCAUGCUCCCUUCUUAAGCCAGUGAGCUGGGCUUCAGUUUUCCCCAGGCCAUGCACACUUUUAAUUUAUUUGAGAGAAACUCUAAUUGUAUUUUCACUGCAGUAUCUUGUAUUUUUUAUUUGUGAUUUAAGAAAUGUGAAGAGAAAAUACACAGACACAUAAUGGCUAGCAGUGUUUCUUUCAUUCCUGGUUCUAGAGCUAACCACUCUAAAAUUGUUUGGUAAUGUCACUUAGUGUAAUUAAUUGUAACAUAUUCUUUUAAAUAAAUUGAUUUAUUGAUGAAACUAUU